UUACUUCCUGCUCUCACUUACCCCUAUGUGACUGGAAUAACAAGUUAGUUUUCUGUUUGGGAAUCAGAUUCACAUUGUUAUAGAAACGGUGUGAAUAGAAAUGAACCAAACUUCAGGACUGUGACCCAUGAUAGCUCAUGGGAGGAUAGAGGUCUGACCUUCCAGGACUGAGACCCCAACUGGGAUGCAGCCUUUCUGUGUGAGCAUCAGGACCCUUCUUCUCUCAGUUCUGCUUUCCUGGCCAGGUGAAGGGCAAUUCCAGGUCAUAGGACCAAGAGCACCAGUCAUUGCCUUUGUUGGGGAAGAGGUUGUGGUUUCCUGUCAUCUCAACCCAUCAAUAGAUGCUCAGAACAUGGAAGUGAGAUGGUACCGAAAUGAUCCUUCAGGUCUGGUGCAUUAUUAUGGGACUUCCCAGGAUCAUAUGGACCAGCAAAUGCCAGAGUAUCAAGGGAGGACCAAGUUCCUGAAGGGGAAUAUUACCAAAGGGCUUGUUGCCCUAAGGAUCCAUCACAUCAGACCUUCAGAUGAAGGGGAGUAUGUGUGUUUCUUUGAAAGCUCUACAUUCUACAAUAAAGCACAGUUCAAAGUGUUGGUCACAGUCUCAGGUACAGCUCCUCAUAUUCACAUUGAGCCUGGCAAUAGGAUGGACAUGAAGAUGACCUGCACAUCUAUGGGGUGGUAUCCAGAGCCUGAGGUACAAUGGAGGGACCUUCAAGGACUGCGCUUGGCACCAGCCUUUGAGACAAAGAAAAUAGAAGAAAAUGGACUGUUUCAUGUGGAAUCAUCUAUCGCAGUUGAUAAAAAUUCAAGAGCAGAUGUGUCCUGUGUUAUAAGGAACCUAAUACUCAGUGUGGAGAAGGAGGUGCAUGUCUCCGUAGCAGAUACCUUGUUUCCUGAGGACUGUCCUUGGGCAGUGGGGUUUGCAGUUUUCCUGUCUCUCCUGGCCUUUGGUGCAACAAUCAGUGUUCUAUUUGUGUGUACCCGAAAAGCCAAAGGUUCACUCAAGAAGAAGCAUGGUAAACUCCGGAAAGAAUAUGAGCUUUUACGUGAACAGAAAGGGAACAUAGAAAAAAAGAACGGAAAGCUUCAUGAAGAACUUGAAAGGAUAAAAUUCUUGGGAGAAGAAGGGUUGAAAUAUGCUCGACGCUAUGCAGAAAAUGUUACCCUGGAUCCAGACACAGCUAACCCAUAUCUCCAAAUUACUGAUGACAACAAAAGUGUGAAAGGAGGUGAUACCUUUCAGGAACUACCCAAAAGAAGACAGCGGUUUGAUAACCUGGUCUGUGUAUUAGGUCAGCAAAUUUUUUCCAAAGGUAAACACUACUGGGAAGUGAGUGUGAAAAAUAAAAUAAAAUGGACUUUAGGCAUUUGUAAGGAUUCUGUCUGCAGACGGGGAGAAAUCAUGGUGUCCUCUGAGACUGGGUUCUGGACAAUAGGCUUGAAUAGAAACAAUGACUAUCAAGCUCUUUUAAACCCACAGAAAACACUCCACCUCGAGGAAUCUCCUGAGACUAUUGGUAUCUUCCUGGACUAUGAGGCUGGAAGAGUGUCGUUUUAUAAUGUGACCAAUCUUUCUCACAUCUACACCUAUAGAAACUGCUUCACAGGUUCUCUGAGGCCAUACUUUUAUCCUGGCCCCCUCUACAAUGGUCAAAAUGAACACCCUCUCACCAUCCUGCCCUUAGGUCAUAUUAGAAAAGCCAUAGGAAGAAGACGUUCUAUGUGACUGAGCAAAAAUUGCCCUAUUUUGAAUCUGCUGAAACUAGGGAUUUUUAUGAAGUUUGUAAAUAUUGUAAUAUAUAUAUAUUAUAUUAUAUAAUUAUAUAUGUAUAUUACAAUAUUUACAAACUUCAUAAAAAUCCCUAGUUUCAGCAGGGAAAUUUUUAUUUAUAAAUAAAUAAAAAUAAAUAUAUAAAUAUUUAAAUAAAACAAAAAUGUUUUAUUUUAGAAUGAUGGACUUCUCCCUUCAAAUAAAUCUAAAAUCUAAAAAUCAUUUUGAUGCCAUAAUUUAUAACUUUUUUAUCAUUUCAGUUCCUAAUAUAUCUUUUGUUAAUGGACAAGAAUUGUUUGAGUUAAACUACAUGAUGUAGAACUUACUUGAUGACUAUUCAAGGCCACAGAACUAAAUACAAAACCCAAAAGAAGCAUCUACUUGUGCAAGUGAUGAAGGAAAGUUAAUUCCCAGUUGACCCUCAUGGGUAUGGUCUCUCUUUCAUUCAUGUUUUGAGAUGGAAGAAGACAUGGACUCUGCUUCACAUCAUCAGGAAAUUGGCUGGAGCCCAUACCUUAUUGACUUUGCCCAAACCUAGAGGAGUAUGAUGGCUUUGACAAGGGAGUUCUAAACCCAGACUAUGUAAUAUUCACUACAAAAAAAAAAUCUUCAAGUGAAUAUGUCUUCCAACUACUCAUUCCUUUACUUUUUUACCUCCAUUCUUUUUUGAAGUUUAAAUGUACACAAUCUCCAACUUAAUUUAAUAUAAUUGUGUCAUUUAUUCAUCUACUUAACAAAUGCUUAUUAGGUACUGUAUAUACGUUAUGUAGGUAUCCGUAAUCUAAAACACCUUAGAUUGAUUAUCUAUAACUGUAACUGUGUAUCUGGUACUUCUAAUAAACAGGCAAACACUGAUAAA